GGUCGGCAGCCCCUCCUCUUUUGUCUGCGUCGCGUCUCCUCAGUUGAGUGCACUCCAGUUCCGGAGUGUGGAGGUGGCUUCGGAGGACACCGGGUGCCGAGGACUACUAGUUCUGGGCACGGGUCAUCAUCUUCCCACCCGAGGGUUUCGGAUGCGGGCCAACUCUCCUUGGCUCUGCCCUCGGUGAUGCUCGGAGGGAGACUCAUGGUCCGUCGGGAGGUUAAAGCCGAGAGAACGCUACUGAGUGAGAGCUGCUCAGUGUCGGAGCCCUGGCCUUCCAGGGGCCUGGCUAUGAACUCCUAAAAGGGCAGUCACCAACCCCACUUCACACUCCAGAGUCCCGGGCUGGCUAGUGGAAGCCGCCUCCCCUGAGAAAAGUUGCCACAGUUUUGCAUAGAAUUUCUUAAAGGGAUGAAAACUUCCUCUGCAUGAAAAAUGACCCUUUUAAGUAUCAAAUCUGAAGCCUGGGCGUACUCUCUGAUUACACUAGGAACCGAAAUGUUAAGUUCUUUCUUCAGCUUCUACUAUGUGAAACUUUUCUUGGAAGUAUACAAGAUUUCCAAGUUGGCCUUCUGCCAGGCCCAGGUAAUUUUAAUGAUAUGGAAUAUUCUGACUGACCUGAGUGGGUAUUUCCACAUGAGCUCUCAGUAUGACUGCUGUCUCAGUUACCGUUGCUCCCUGCUUGGAGCCCUUCUGCACGCAGUGGCCUUCUUGCUCCCUUGGUUCCCUUGGAAACACUAUAGAGAAAGUGACUGGCUUAUUGGACUCCAGCUGGUAGCCUCCCUGUGCGCAUUUAACAGCACCCACGCCUGGGUGCAGCAAGCCCAGUGGCGCCUGUUUGCAGAGACUUCCCCCAGGUAUGAGAACAGGCUGCAGCUGACCAGAAUUAACCAAGUGGCAUCCCUGGUGGGCUCCUUCAGCAUCCUUUUCUGUGGCCUCAUCUCUCACAACAUGGAAAUCCUGCCCAAUUUUCAAGCCACGUCUGUCGCCAUUGCCUUCCUGGCAUCUAUCAGCUUUUACAGUGGCAUGUUCAAUGUGAGACACUUUGAGUUUAAAAGAAACCCAGAGGAAAACGUCCUCUCCGAGAGCGAACAGGAGUUGGCAAGGACCUCCGUCAUCUUACUGAUGAGACAAAUCUUGUCUCAGAGGAACUUCUACCUUUUCCUCAUCAUGAAUUUCUUCCAGGUCUUCCAUUUGACCAUCUUCAGUAACUUCAUGAUGAUCUUUGUCGAUAACCUCAUUCCCACUGACUCUCUCUCUUCUUCCGUAAGGAGCAUCAUGUAUGGAGCAGGCUUCAUCUGCCCUCAGUGCCUGGUACUUCUAGGUCAGUCCUGGCUGAAGAAAUACGGUUACUAUAAGGUUAUCUUAAUUUCUUUCUACCUAGAAGGGGCAGCCGCCCUUGUCAUGUUACUUCUGGGACAGGAACACUAUUACUGUUUGGCUGUUUAUCUCACUGUUAUCAUGGUGAUUGUACAUACCUCUCUUUGCUUAUUUAAUUUGCCAGUGGCAGACAUGAUUGAUGCGGAUUUACCGAAGUUUAACAGGCAGUCUUCUCUUUCCUUGAUGGUUGCUGUCAUCAGUGCUUUAUUUACCAGACCUGCCCAGUCGUUAGCCCCCAUGUUGAUACUGUCUAAGCUAAACCAGUAUGAGUAUGGCGAGCUGAACAACAGACUUUUAGAUCUUCAGGACAGCAUGUUUAAUUUGGUCUGUGUGGUCUCCCUGGGCAUCGCGACAGUGCAGAUUCUGACUUGGAGCUCCUUCUCCGUCAGGAACAGAAGAGACUGCUCAGGGACGGUGUAAGCACAGAGCCCGUGCCACCGCUUCAAGUGCUUGUCAGUUCCUCCAGGUUACGCUGUGCUCAAGGACGCUCUCAUUACUUUCUUUAUACCCUCUCAUUUGUUUCCAAUCCAGAGCAAAUAAAGUAAAACCGACAGC